UUCUCCGUCUUCCAUACUUUCUUCUCGCAUUCACUUUCGAUAGUACUGUGGAAUCUUGUAUUGCUCAGCUCAAUCAGAUGAUCAAAGAUUUAGAAGAUCAGGGAUAUAAGCCUUCAAAUAAGUUUAAAUCAGAUGGCAGAGGCUGCAGUGGGCUUAGUUAUAGACAAGUUGAUCCCAUUGCUGACUGAAGAAGCAUACUUGUUGAGAGGUGUCCACCAAGAAGUUGAGGAAAUAAAAUGUGAUCUAGACUACAUUCUGGCUUUCCUCAACGAUGCGGAUACCAGAGCAGAAUCUGAUCAAAGGACAAACAAUAGCCAUGGAGUUAAAAUUUGGGUGCAAAAACUUAGGAAAGCGGCAUUUGAACUGGAAGAUGUUAUUGAUGAAUAUACGCAUCUCAUGGCACAACAGCAACGUCCCCACAAGCAUAGAUUUAUUGGCUUCCUCCGUAGAAAUGCUUUCUUACUCGUAAAAUUAAAAUCGCGUCAUGACAUAGCUUUAAAAAUACAAGAUAUCAAAAGACGGGUCCGUGAUAUAAAUCAAAAAAGUGCAGUGUAUGGCUUUAAUUCCCUACCACAAGGAGCUAUAGAUACUCCUCCAGGUAAAAGCUGGAGUGAUCCUCGAAAGGAUUCCUGUUUCCUCAAGGAAACUGAAGUAGUGGGCAUUGAAUCUGCUAGAGCUGAGUUGAUAGAAAGUUUAGAAGGGGAAUCUUGCCAGCGCAGUGUGAUUGCGGUGGUAGGGAUGGGGGGAGUUGGAAAGACUACCUUGGUCCAUCAAGUUUAUGAACAUGUGAAUGGAUGCUUCGACUGUCAUGCUUGGAUUGAAGUGUCUCAAUCAUACAAUAAGGUAGAGCUACUUCGGAGCUUAAUAAGCAAAAUCUGCCAGGCAAGAGGAGAGUUUGCGCCUGAGGGAAUUGAUGCAAUGAAUGAGCGCGCUGUGACAACGGAGUUAAGCAAUUACUUGCAAGGAAAGAGCUAUGUGGUCGUAUUCGAUGAUGUUUGGAACAUUAAUUUUUGGGCUGAUAUAAAAAAUGCUUUACCUGACAAUAAUAGAUGUGGAAGGAUAGUUAUCACAACAAGAGAUGUGGAAGUUGCAAAUUUUUGUAGAACUACAUCAUUUGUUUAUAUCCGUCAUCUAAAACCCUUGCCCCCAGAGAAAGCUUGGGAGCUCUUUUGCAACAGAGCUUUUCAUUCUGAAUGUGAGAAGGAUUGUCCAACCUACUUGAAAGAGUUGUCUUGGAAGAUUGUUGAGAGAUGUGAAGGAUUACCACUUGCAAUUGUGGUCAUAGCUGGCCUUUUGUCCACCAAAAACAAGAGUGUUGAACAAUGGAAAAAGUUACAUGAUAGUCUCAGUUCAGAGUUAGACAGCAAUGAACAUUUGACGAGUAUUACAAGAAUUCUAUCUUUCAGCUACAAUGAUUUGCCUUACUACCUUAAAUCUUGCUUCUUAUAUUUUGGUAUUUUCCCAGAAGAAUACUCUAUCAAACCUGGAAGAUUAACUCGACAAUGGGUUGCUGAAGGCUUUGUGAGACCCAAGAAGGAUAAAUCAUUAGAAAUAGUUGCAGAAGAGUACUUGGUUGAGCUAAUAAAUAGAAAUCUGGUUCAAGUGCCAAGGACCAAACUGGACGGAAAAGCCAAAAGUUGUCGCAUACAUGAUCUUUUACGUGAGAUCAUCCUCAAAAAGAUGGAAGAUUUGGGUUUUUGUCAAGUUUUGUCACAAAGUUAUUUAACUUUGAAAAGGACAUCUCAGCGCUUAUCGAUCAUCCACAGCUCUUUUAAUGUUCUUUCGAGGAAUCUCAAACUUUCUCAUGUGCGUUCUAUUUUUACCUUUAAUGAAGACAAUAUCCCCCGUCCUAUUGUAAGUACAGUCAUCAACAAUUUCAAGCUUCUAAAAGUACUUGAUUUUGAAGGUGCUCCAUGUCUAGAUUAUCUACCCAAAGAUAUUGGAAAUUUAUUUCACUUGAGAUAUUUAAGUGUGCGACGGACAAGAGUACAGUUGCUCCCAAAAUCAAUUGGAAAGUUGGAAAAUUUAGAGACUUUAGAUCUAAAGCAAUCACAGGUAUCUGAGCUGCCAGUUGAAGUAAAUAAGCUUCAUAAGUUGCGACAUCUUUUAGCGUACCACAUUGAAUACAAGAUGGACUCUAUUGUCAGGGUACAAAGAGGAGUAAAAGUAGAGAAGGGAAUUGGGUGGUUAAAAGCCUUGCAGAAGUUAUACUUUGUUGAGGCCAACAUUGAGGGAUUUGACUUAUUCAAAGAGCUUUGCAAGUUGACAGAGUUGAGGAAGUUAGGCAUCAAAAAGUUGAGAAGUGAAGACAGUAGGACCCUAUGUGAUUGUAUUGGGAAAAUGGAACACCUUGAGUCCCUUAGCAUAGCUUCAAUAAGUGAAGAUGAGACCAUCAAUAUGGAAUCGAUGUCCUCGCCCCCUCAGUUUCUUCGCCAUCUCAACUUAGACGGCCAUCUAAGGAAGUUUCCAGAAUGGAUCGCAAAACUUCAAAAUCUAGUCAGAAUACGAUUUGGUUGGUCAAAGUUGGAAGAUGAUCCACUGAAAGGGCUCCAAAAUCUGCACAACCUUUUGGAACUUGGGAUUUAUUAUGAUGCAUAUUGUGGUAAGCAACUUCACUUUGAGGGAGGAACGUUUCAAAAACUUAAGGUGUUCUACCUCAGCGAUUUGAGUAUGUUGGAUUCUAUAGUAAUAGAGGAAGAAGCAUUGUGUGAUCUUGAAAGGUUUCUCAUCGGUUCUUGCCCACAACUUGUGGAGGUGCCCUGUGGACUUCAGCAUUUAAGAAACCUUAAAGUUCUUGGAUUUAUUGAAAUGCCCACAAAGUUCUUGAUGUUCCAAGAUUUUCAAAGCCUUCACGCUGUCCCAAAAGUUCGAUUUGCUCACAAAGUUAAUGGAGAAUAUACAGCUUUUGGCUUGGAAUCACUUAUGAUGAUCCAAGAAAUAAUGAGAAGGCAUAAUGAAGUAGAAUGGGACUCCUGGCAUUUUGAAGGACUCUUGAGCAAAGUGCUUGAGAAAGUAGAAGUCACAGGUGCUCUGAAUCGGAAUUGGUGAUUAUUUGGUGACGAUCUUCCUGAUGCCAACAAUGUACAGUUAAUAGCAUAAUUUGUUGUUUAUUAUGUUAGUCGCUUGCUAUAUGUUGUACUGUUUUCAACUGGUAUAGUACUAUGUCAACCAGGAAAAAAAAACAAAUGUAUAGACAUAUCAUAACAUAUAUAAAAUAUGUAGAAAUAUGUAUACAUAUUGAAUUGAGGGUGAAGAUUUGAACUUUACAACGUAAGGUAAAGUCACUUGUGCAA